AUGACCGGUAUAAGCUGGUCCUACAACUCACUCGCCACCCUCCUCGACUUGAUAAAUGGGGGAAGCAGUGUCGCUCUCCCGUCGCUCUUCGAAGCCUAUUACUCAACAAGGUCAAAGGAACCCCACCACCAUCGCGCCACAAGAAGCGGGAAUCAGAUCUCUUUGGUCCUCUGGAUGGCGCGCUCUCAAGCCCAUCUGGUGUGCCUGACCACUUUGGUCAUAUUAGCUUCUUUCCUGGCGUGCGCACAGGCAUUGGGGCCAUGCAAGCCACAGGCAGUUCUGACGCUGAUCGAGACGCUGUCCGCGAGCCGCACCCCCCGCCACACGUCGUACCCGAACCACCUCAACACCAGCAGCAGCCUGGUCCAGCUGGGCGACUACAUAGCUUAUAACAACGACAUAUUCGAUAUCACCAACAUCACAGACCCGGGCCCUGACGGAAACCGGACGCUCGUCGCUUAUGGCGCCGGGCACUGCACCGUCGUCCAGGCGCCCGUCCCCGCAAACGAGACCAACUUUGCGCUCUUCUGCCACGAGACGUUCGUGUUCUUCGCCGGGCAGUAUGAGAAGAGCACCCUCGCGUUCCAGCUAAUCGACGGCUUCACCGCGCUGCCCCAGCCUCCAGAUGCGAUCCUCGGCGGCAGCGGCUACUUCUCCGGCGCAACCGGGCAGAUCACAUACGUGACGAGCCCUUAUGCAAACGUCUCCGUCAACGGCGAGGUCUACUUCUCGGUGUCCCUCUGUUGAUUUGAGCAAGUAGGUCGUCAAUCUUAGACUACUGUACUCGUUGAUUUCUAGGUCAUUUCUGUAGCAUAUUAUAAUAAAGCAGACCCGGGUUUAAGACCAUAUCUUAGGCCAAGUACUUCAACGCGAAGGGUUCAAGCCCGUUAUCGUAUAGAGCCCUGGUUCAACACACUCCGGUCUCGAACGGGUAACGGCACUUAGCGUGAUCUUGAACUCACAAGGAGGAGCUACCUGAUCUGAGAAUGUUUCGAUCUCAGUGGACUUAGAACAGGUGGAAGCCGAGAAAACUAGCAUGGACUGAGGUGUUGUUUCGGAUCCUGAAAUAGCAAAGGACCUUAUUAUUGCCGGGCCAUUAGCGGAUACGAGACAAGCAAUUUGAAACCUACGAGAAGCUCAUAUGACGCGUCGAAUAUCAAUGUUGAGUGCGAAUUUAAGAGUCGAGGCUUAUGCUUUGAGGCAGAUCACAGGCAGGCCUUCGUAGCUGAUGCUAAGUAAGUGACG